AUGGAGUACAUUCUGGGUGUCUCAGAACGCAGGAGGACUGUCUCUGGCACUGAAGUGACAGCCUUGAGCGAAGAAACUAUCAAGGCUGAUAUUCAGUACGACGAGGAGGGCUACGACACAAAGGCCCGUGAGCGCUACCAGCGGCUGUUCUGGGAGCCUACGGUCGAGGGCCAGGAACCCAUUAUCCCGGACAUACUUGAGAAGACUCGUGCUUCCAAGGCGAAGACAGAGUCCGAUGGUGUCGUUACUAAUAUUGUCCAGCGGCCAGGUCGGCCGGAGAUGCGCUUCGUUGAGGUUGGCGACAAGUAUGUCGAUACUAAAAUUCUCAAGAAGAGGGCUCGGGAUGCCGCGCAUCGUGCCCACCUGCGUGCUCGCAAGCAGCAGAAGAAACAUGAGGCUAUUGCUGCCGCCAAAGUUGCCGUUUCCGCUUAG